AUGGAGGGCCCUGGGACCCUGGCCUUGGCACAUCUGCUUUUCUUCCUAGGGCUCCCUCUUGUCCAUUGUGAUCCUCUGUGCCUCCUGGUGGCCCCUCGAGUCCUAUGGGUGGGCAGCCCAGAGAACAUCAUGCUACAGGUGCAUCAGGACCCAAAGCAACCCCUGGUCAAUGCUAUUGAAGUGCUUCUCACCAUUUGGGACUUUCCCCUGGAGAGGAAGUUGUUGUAUACCACAUCACUCACACUUUCCCAAGACAAGGACUAUAUGGCCUUGGUUCCCGUGACGAUCCCUGAAAGUGUAGUCUUCCCUCCACGCCCAGGGAAGCAGCACGUGGUCCUCAAAGCCACCUCAAAGGCCUUCUCUCUGAUGAAAACAAUCCUAGUUGCUCCACAUGCUGGCUAUAUCUUCAUCCAGACGGAUAAGACCAUCUAUACCCCUAGACAAUUGGUUCAAUAUAGGGUGUUCACAGUGAAUCACGGAUUAGACCCUGUGAUGAGGCCAUUCACCAUUGACAUUAAGAACCCUGAAGGCAUCUCUGUCAUCAGCCAGAACUUCGGGGAUGAGAAUGGUUUCUUUGUGAGCAAAUUCAAACUCCCUGAAUUGGUCAGUUUCGGAACCUGGACCAUUGAGGCCCGAUACCAGAGUGGGCCCCAGAAGCCAUACAUUGCAUCCUUUGAUGUGAAGGAAUAUGUGCUCCCAUCCUUUGAGGUCCAGCUGGUCCCCAAUAAGACCUUCUUCUACCUUAAUGACAUGACCUUGGGGAUUGAUAUCAAGGCCAGGUAUGUGUUCAACAAGCCUGUAGAAGGACAUGCUCUGGUCAUUUUUGGGGUGAAAUUGGACUCUCAGAGGAUCACCUUACAGGACUCACUUCAAAAAGUAAAGAUCUCUGAAGGCAAGGGCCAUGCUUCCCUCAAAAAGGCCACCCUGAUUACACAGUUCCAGAACCUCAGUGAUCUCCUGGGGGUUUCAAUUUUUGUCAAUGUCACUGUAUUCUCCUCUGGGGGUGAAAUGGUCCAGGCUGAGACCUCAGGGGUGAAGAUAGUCCAGAGUCCUUACAACAUCCUAUUCACCAGAACACCCCAUUAUUUCAAGCCUGGAAUGCCCUUCCACUUUGGGGUCUCAGUCACCAACCCUGAUGGGUCCCCAGCAUCUGGAGUCUAUGUGCAAUGUGAAGGCCAGAGAGUCCAGACUUCAGCUGAGGGACUUGGCUUCUUGACCCUUAACACUGCAGCCAACUUGGAGAGGUUAUCCAUUCGAGUGGAGACAAAGGAUGAGCAACUACAACCCCAGGAACAAGUCUCUGCUGAGUUCACAGCCCAGGCCUAUAAGACUGAAAAGAACUCUGGAAACUACCUACACAUUGAAGUCAAGGUCCUGGGCACUGAGGUUGGAAAUAGCCUUCAUCUGAGCCUCAAUACAAGGCACCAGGAUCAAGCCACCAAAGAGAGUAUCAAGCACUUCACCAUCCUGUUGUUGAGCAAAGGGCAGAUCACACAUGCCCAGAUCCAGCACAAGAGCCCAGGGGGCACCUAUACAUCUUCCAUCAUCUCUGUGAGCCCAGACCUUCUGCCAUCCUUCCGCAUCCUGGCCUAUUACAUCCUCCCAGGCUCUAGCCCAGAGCUUGUGGCUGACUCCAUCUGGCUUGAUGUGAAAGACAGGUGCAUGGGCACUCUUCAAAUAGGCCUGAAGAAUUCAGCUGAUGUCCCAGUAUUUGAACCCAAUGACCAAGUGAACCUACGCCUGACUGGUGACCCUCUUGCCCUGGUGGGUCUAGUUGCUGUGGAUAAGGCCAUCUAUGUCCUAAACAGCAAGCACAAGCUUUCCCAGAAGAAGGUCUGGGAUGUGGUAGAGAGCCGAGACAUUGGCUGCACUGCUGGGAGCGGGAGAGACAACCUGGGUGUUUUUACAGAUGCUGGCCUGGACCUCACAACCAACACUGGCCUGAGCACAGGGGCUAGUGAAGACUGGCGAUGCCCCCAGAGUUCCUCCUCCUCCUCCCGCAAACGCAGGUCCCUGAAGAUUCUGGAAAAGAAGAGACAAAAAGUGAAUGAAUUCAAGAUGGCACUGGAACGCCGCUGCUGUGAGACUGGCUUUCGAGAGGGACCUGUAGGACUCUCGUGUGAGGAACGGGUGCCCUGGGUUCGCCAUGGCCCAGCCUGUAAGGCUGCCUUUCUCCAGUGCUGUCACCACAGAGAAUUGCUGAAGCAGGAAGCCCAAGCAGAGAGGCUGAUUCUGGGGACUCUUGAGGAAGAUGAUGACGAUGAUGAUGACUUCCUGUUCUUUGAAGACUCAGACUCAGUAGUACGUAGUUACUUCCCUGAGAGUUGGCUCUGGAGAAAGGUCAUUUUGCCCCAAGACCCUGCCAGAGGCUCCAGUCUCGCAGAGAUGACCAUCCCUAUGAAACUGCCUGAUUCCAUCACUACUUGGCAGAUCCUGGCUGUGAGUCUCCGGAAGGGCAAAGGUGUUUGCAUCUCAGAACCUCUAGAGAUGACAGCCAGGAAGGCUUUUUUUGUGGAUCUGAAGCUGCCCUUCUCUGCGGUCAGGAACGAGCAGAUCCAAAUUCAAGCUGUGCUGUACAACUACCAUAACAGAAUUGCCACGGUUCGCGUAGAGUUUCCCUACAAGGAAGCCCUGUGUAGUGCUUCCAGCAAGACCAAGCCUUCUCGCCAAAGAGUCUCCGUGGGUCCAGCCUCCUCUGUGGUGGUGCCAUUCACUGUGCUGCCUGUAGAGCAAGGCGAAACUGAAGUAGAGGUCAAGGUUGUAGGGCCCGGGACCUGGGACCAAGUGAAGAAGACCCUCUUAGUCAAGGCAGAAGGCCAGAUAGAGAGACACUCUUAUAGCCUACUGUUGGACCCUAAAGGUCUCACCCAAGUGGAAAAGGUGCAGAGGAAAGACUUUGAGAACAUGGUGCCCGGCACAAAUGCAGAAGUGUUUGUCAGCGUACAAGGAGACAUUCUUGGUGAGCCCAUCCUCGGAGCCCUAACCCCUUCAGAGACACACAAGUUAUUUAAAGUACCAACUGGCUGCCCUGAGCAGACUCUAAGCUCCUUGGCCCCCCUGGUCAUCCUAACCCAAUACCUGGAUGCCACAGGGCAGUGGGGCCAGGUCGGGGUGGACCUGAGAAACAAGGUGAUAGACAACAUUGUGACUGGUUACAUCCAAAUGCUGAAGUACCGAAACCCAGAUGGCACCUACCACAUUCACAGAGGAAACCCAGGGAGCACCUGGCUCACCAGCUAUGUCUUCAGGAUCUUUGCCAUGGCCUUCAAGUCAAUGACCAGGGCUGGGAUGGACCCAGACGUUCUGUGCAAUAGCGCCAAGUGGCUCAUCACCCAGCGACAAGAAGAGGAUGGGAGCUUCCUAGAAAAAGCUCCAGUGAUUAUGAAGUCCAUGCAGGGUGGCUAUUGGGGUUCGGAGGCCAAAGUUUCUCUGACCGCUUUGGUGCUGAUUGCCCUGAAGGAAGGCGAGAGUCUGUGUAACUGGGAAGAGCUGAAUGUAGGUACCAGCAUCCAGAAGGCUGGCACCUUCCUCAGGCACGAGUUGCCCAACCUGAAAACAGUGUUCAGUGUGGCCACUGCCUCCUACGCCCUGGCCCUUGCAAACAGCUCCUGGCCUAAUGACCGUCUGGACGCCUUUGCAGCCCCAGAUAAGAGCCAUUGGACAGUAGAAAAAGAGAAGUCACUGUAUACUGUGGAGGCCACGGCAUAUGCUCUCCUGCAGAAACUGCAGCUUGGUCGGCUUGAAGAUGUCCACACCAUCACCAAGUGGCUCAUUGAGCAUCGGGAGUUUGGUGGUGGCUUCCGAAGCACCCAGACCACAGUUGUGGCACUUGAGGCCCUCACCCAAUACCGCCAGAUCAUCCCUGUUGGUGGUGUCUCUGACAUCCGGGUCCAGAUCACUUCCCCUAAGCGGGCAUUCACAGUAGAGUGGAAUAUUGACCAGACCAAUGCCUACCAGCUCCGCUCUCAUAAGUUCUCAGCCCAGGAUGACCUCAUCAUCAAAGCUAGCGGUACAGGGAAAGGUACUCUCUCGAUCCUGACUAUGUACAACAAACUCCCAGAGAGACAAAAGAGCCCUUGCCAGUCUCAUCAUCUGAAUGUAACCCUGCAUCCCGUCUCUGAUGAGAGAAGUAAGGGGGAGACCUAUCAGCUGAGGAUCGAAGCAAGGUACAUGGGGCCCCAAGACGCCACAAUGACCAUCCUGGAGGUAUUGCUGUUGACCGGCUUCUAUCCUGACCAGGAUGACUUACAGCAGCUCACAAACAACAUUGAGAUGUACGCCUUCCAGUAUGAGACCAAAACCAGCUCCAGUAAUAGCUCUGUCAUUCUCUACCUGGAGAGGCUCUCCCACCAAGUGGACACUGUGCUUGGCUUCCGUAUUCACCGACAACUUGAGACAGAGUUCUUGCAAGCUGCCCCUGUCACCAUCAUCAACUACUAUGAGCCAGCAGAGAGAUGCAGUGCCUUCUACAACGUGCCAGGGGCCACUGUGUUCCUGAGGAGGAUCUGCCACAAAGACGUGUGCCGAUGUGCAGAAGAAAAGUGCCCCUCCCUAACCAGUAACCAUGAUGGCAUCAGCCAGGAAUUACUUCAGGUCAAAGCUUGUCAGCCAGGGCUUGACUUUGUCUAUAAGGCCCACCUGGAGGAGCUGGAGAAGGUCGACACCUAUGUCUACUACACUAUGAAAAUCCUGGAGGUCAUCAAAAGUGGCACAGAUGCUGGAGUUCUCAACAAAGACAAAAAAUUUGUCUCCCACAUAAUGUGUUUCCAUACCCUUGAGCUGAAGGCCAAUGAAACUUAUUUAAUCAUGGGCCAGUCAUCAGACCUUUGGAAGACCAAAGACGACUAUAGCUAUGCCUUAAGCAAGGAUACCUUCAUCAUCAAGUGGCCAGAAAUAUCAGAUGUUGCAUUUUUGGGAUUCCGAAAAAAACUAGAAAGCUUUUCAGAAUAUCUGCGUGUUCAUGGCUGUGAAAGUUAGCUGGUGUGGCCAACUGUGCCCUCCAAGAGUCGACUGAGGGUGAAGAAUGCCUCCUCUCUCUCUCGGCAGAGAUGGGGAAGACUACAGGCACAGAAUGCGGCAUACAAUUUCACACCUGGCUAUCAUAAUGAUUCGUUCUUCUUGGUUGUUUUCAUUUUUUUUAAAUAUUUGUUCUAUUUGAAAAUGGGAGAAUCAUUGAGUUGGACAAUGAUAUUUGAAAAGAAAAAACAUCAAUAAAAAUUUGAAGAUUUAA